AUCAGGUCCGCCCGAGAGAGGAAGAGAAGACGUCAGCACUGACCCGUCUCCCUCCCCGCUGGCCACCACAUCUCUCGUCUUCUAGCCUCUUCCCCCUAACUACCCCCACCGGCUUCCCCAAACCCUAGCCCCGCCUCGCCGCCGGCCGCCAUGGCCGAGACCGUCGACGACAAGGUCAGCUACUUACAGGCCGUCACCGGCAUAUCGGACCCGGACCUCUGCACCGAGAUCCUCGCGGCGCACAAUUGGGACCUGCAGCUCGCCGUCUCCUCCAUCACGGCCAAUCCGUCCUCCCCUUCCGUCUCCACCUCCUCGAGCGAUCCGGUCCCGUCCGCUCUGCUGACCUCAGCAGCAGCACCCGGGGAUCGCGUGGAAGCUGGUGACUCCUCCAUCACGGCCAAUUUCGUCGCGCCGCCUCCGCCGCCUCAGCAGCAGCAGCAGCAACACCCGGGGAUCGCGUGGAAGCUGGUGACGCUCCCGUUCUACGUGGUCUCGGGCGGGGUCGGGCACAUCGCUGGCUCGUUCCGUCUCGGCGCUUGGGUCGCCGGGGGCGUGCUGUCCCGCUCACUCUCCCUCCUCGGCCUCGCGUCGCAGAGCGGCGGCGACCGGCUGCUGGAGCUAUCGCCUUCCGCCGCCGAGGCGGCUGACUUCGUCGCGGAGUUUGAGCGCGAGUUCUGCGCCGGCCGUGUCCCGCGCUUCGUGGCUGAGGGCUUCGCCGAUGCGCUGCAGCGAGCGCAGCGCGAGUACAAGCUUCUAUUCGUGUAUCUCCACUCACCUGACCACCCGGACACCCCUGCCUUCUGCGGCGGCUGCCUCUGCGCUGAACCUGUCGCGGCCUUCAUAGAUGAGAACUUUGUUGCAUGGGGUGGUAGCAUCAGAAGGACUGAAGGGUUCAAGAUGAGUAACGGCCUGAAUGCGUCGAGGUUCCCGUUUUGUGCGGUAGUCAUGGCAUCUACGAACCAGAGAAUCGUGCUAUUGCAGCAGGUUGAAGGGCCCAAAUCACCUGAAGGGAUGAUAACAAUUCUUCAACGGGUUGUUGAAGAAUGUGCUACAUCACUCGUUGCUGCCAGGCUUGAAGCUGAAGAAAGACUAAACAAUCAACGCUUGCGUGAGGAACAAGAUGCUGCUUACAGAGAUGCACUUGAAGCUGAUCAGGCUAGGGAACGUGAAAGGAUAGAGGAACUGGAAAGACGCGAAAGAGAGGCUGCAGAGGUUGAGAGAAAGCGCAAAGAAGUAGAGGAAGCUCUAGUGAGGGCAGCCCAAGAAGCAGCAGAUAAAGAAGCUGCUCUUGCAAGGAGGAGGCAAGAGAAGGCCAUGGCUCUUGGAGCUGAACCUGAGAAAGGACCUGAUGUUACUCGAGUUCUCAUAAGAUUUCCAGCUGGAGAGCGCAAAGAACGAAGAUUCCACAGUUCCUCCACCAUCACUGCCCUCUAUGACUACGUCGAUUCUUUGGAUUGCUUGAAAGCAGAGAAGUACAGCUUAGUUUCGAAUUUCCCGCGGAUCACAUACGGUCCAGAGAAGCACUCCCUGACGCUGGAGGAAGCAGGUUUGCAUCCGCAAGCAAGCCUGUUUAUAGAGAUAGAAUAAUGAUGUUGUUGCAAGUUCUGAAGAAACUUGCAAGUAUAGGUGCCCCUUUCACAGUUCGUUUAACUCCAGUGGAUGACUUUGUAUUACGAUACAACAUGCUUCGUUUGUGCUCCAUUCUGUCAAUAAACUCACCUUCACCAAGAGCAGUUGGACACA